AACAAUAUCUCUUGUUCUUCUGGUAUUUUGUGAUCUCUGUUGUGUGAAAUUAUUAUGUUUACAACUCAAUCGUACUUCCCCAUUGGAACAGUAGACUCGUAUGAGACCAGAUUGAGGUAUGGCAGAUUAAGCUUCUUUGUUUCUCCUACCCAUCUUCACAAACUGAUAGACUGGGUAUUCGGUUUAAAUACUACUUUGACCGAAUUUUUUACUUUGAUUAAAGUGUCAAUUUCUCAAAAGUACAGGAACUAAAGUAAAAUUUAAUCCACGGGAGAUAUGCCUGUCUCUACUGCAUGGCAUUUGAUGAUCAAGAAACUUGUAGAGGUCGAGAUACAGGACACUAUGAUCUCUGUGUAAUGGAAACUAAAUGCACAGAAAAGCUGUUAGUUUAUGAUGUCACCCCUUUUCUGGAAGAUCAUCCAGGAGGUGAUGAAGUCUUGUUAUUAGCUACUGAGAAAGAUGCAACCGAAGACUUUGAGACUGUGGGUCACAGUUUAUCUGCAACAGAGGAAAUGGAAAAAUAUUAUAUUGGCAAUAUCGACAUGUCUACAGUUCCAAAGGUUGAUUAUCGACCACCUGCAUCCAAAUCAGCAUCGACAGAAACCAAAGCAGCAACAGAAACAACAUCGUCGAAUCAAUCUUCAGGAUCUUUGAUAAAAGUGUUGCAACUUUUGAUUCCUUUGCUGAUUAUAGUUGUUGCAUUUUAUCUGCAAUACUAUGGUAAAAAGCAGUAAUCGAAAUUCUCAAAUCAUGGAUGCCUUGAGUUUUGCAAUAAGCCAGAGAUAGGUAGACAUCUCCUCAUCACAUUCUGUUAAACACACUCUAUCUAGGUUUCUCUGCCCUUUUGACUCUUACUAAUUUGUGUGUAGAGAAUUUUCAUUUGUUUCUUGUUUCAUUCAUAAUCCUGCUUUUCUUUGUC